AUGGAGGUCCAUCAACAUCUUCCGCUCGAACUCGUGCUCAACAUCAUCACCUGCUCCCUCCCAGCCUCGGAUGCGAUACUCUCUCCGUUUCAUGACGUGACGAAACUGCUGCUUACCUUUACCUUGGUCUGCCAUGAGACGAGACGCCUGGCCAAUCGCUAUCUUCGCGAACGAUGUGUGUACCUCUCAUCCUCAAAGCGAUUGAGUUCAUACCUCUUGGCAAUCAAGAACGAAUCCGAGCUUCGCAAUGUCUCUGCCUUGUUCUUGUCACCGUUCCAAGAGACUAUUGAUGACCUACCUCUGUGCUCUUGGGUCCGUGAGCUCUUCAAUUACACCUGCAGUACUCUCAAAAGACUGGUCAUUGAUAUCCCUCUGCGGAGUCUGUACCCAGAAGACGAUCACCUCGCAGUCAGGCGGGUACUAAGGGAAGGCUUUGAGCGGCUGGAGAACCUUGAAGAGCUCGUUAGCACACGCGAUGAGCUUUACCUCGAAGUCACAGACGGUGUCCCCCAUCCCGUAGUCUGGAGGAGCUGGAAGAAGCUGAAGCGUCUGGCCCUCUACAACGUUGAUCUUACCUUCUACUUCUGGCAAGACAUUGCACGACUACCCGCCAUAGAGACCUUGGUCCUUUCGCGCUCCGAUGGAAACGAUGAGUCACUGGAUGAUUGGGCGGAGUACUUCAAAUCCACUCAACGGCCCUUCAAAAUUAUCAUGUUAGGUUCUGAUCGCCGGCGUCUGAUACCCGAUCGGCUGCUUUCAGGCCGAAUCAAGAACAGAAACGAGGUGGUCGACAUACCCAUGAUCAGAUCAAUUUGGCUACAUCACACAAUAGACUUCUCAAUCCAUGAGUGCCAAAGCUUCGUACAAGAGCAUGCCGAGAAGGGCACCUUGUGGGACCUCGAACAGGGAACGAUUCCCUGCAAUGGUCGACCAUAUGUCGAUGAGCCUUAUCUUGCCCAACUAGGCGAUCACUGGCUGAUGGUAGACGAGCGUCGGAGAGCUUGGUCUCAUGCACCCCGUACGUUUAGCUGCCGCCAUGGUCCAGCAAACUUCGGCUUCUUCGAGAGCUACAUUUCAGGUGGUUUUGACUGAGCCAAUCUAGAAUCGAAACCACCAACGUGGUCCUUGGUGGACCGAAAUUCUCCGCCAAGCAUCGCCAAGCGUCUCUCGGAUCAUGCUGAUAUCGAGCUCAAAUCCUCAACAUUUAGAUUGCAGAUGAUUAUUGGUCAUGUCAAUUGA